CUUUUUAUCAAUAUUAUAUCGAUUACAUAAUUUUUUUAUAUUAAUAAAGAGUUCAUUGAUACAACAAUUUCAAUUGUCAUUUGGAAAAUACGCUUGUCAUUUAUACAAAAUUAACUUAACGGUGUAUCAAAGCAUCAGCUAGCAUUACAUUUGACCUGUUACUUGUUUAAAUACACAACUGUGCAGUGUUAAAAAAUAAAGAACAAAUUAAAAUUUUUAGGAGAACUUACUUAGAAAACAAGAUGCAAUGAUUGUGGCCAAGGUUUUACUCUAUUAACAAGAUUUAGGAGACAUGUCAUGAGACAUCAUCAAAAUAAUCCAAGUAGUUCUCUUAGUAGCAGGAAUAUUGUUUUAGAUUCAACACAUAAUAGCAAUUGCUAUCCUAUUAAUUUUAACGUCCCUUCUACAUCUUCAGAUUCUUCAAAUGUAUCAGUUAGAACAACAAAUUUUGGAAAGAUUCCCAUCUGAGAAACUGGAGUAUUAUAGAACUUCUAAACGGGGUAAAAUCUAUAAUAAGUAUUACAAUUUAGCAACGUCAUUUAAAGUUGUAUCUGGACCUCUUGGAACGGCAGACAAGAAAUCACCUGUCAAUUCUGAAAAGUUUAGUAGACAUUCAAAAUGCUCAGAACCAGAGGUAGAUUCAGAGAACUAUAUAAAAAUAUUAAAAUAUGACAAUUUAAGUAAUGAGGAAUUUGACCGAACAUGGCAGGCAUGUUUUAAUUCACGCCUUGAUUUUAUAAAAAAGUAUACAACAAAAGACAUCUUUGAUAAAUGGCCAGCAUAUAAAACAGCAAAUGGUUACCGUUUAAUUGACAUGGACUUUGAGGCUGCUUUUGAAAAAAAAGGCGACCUUUUAGAAAAUUGGGAAAAAAAUAUUAGUAAAUUGUUGUUAUUCCUUUCUUUUAAUUCUAACGUUAAAGACAAAAAUGUAAGAAAACUUAUUGAAAUUAUCAGAAUGAACAAUCAAAUAUCUGAAAACGGAAGAGAUGCUGCUAUUAUUUGGGCACUGCAUGGGUAUUUUGUACCAACUAAUAAACUUGUUAAGAUUGACCCAAAAACAAAGCAGAAAACAACUAUAAAAUUCACUAUUCGAGAUUCACAAGAAUCCGUUAUUUUUGUUGGAUCUACAAUUCAAAUGGUCGAAGACCAUAUUGAAAACUUGAAAAAAUCAAAAAAAUCAAUCCAGCCCACUAUAUUUUGUAUUGGAGAAAAUAUAACAUCAAUUAAUGAGAUUUUCCUAUAUUUGGAUGGCGUUAGAUAUAUUUUUAAAAGUAUCAUAAAAGCUCUUGAUAUUUGUUUUAAAUCCAUUUAUUUAUUUGAUUUUAAAUUUCCGGAUGAAUCUGUAAUAUUUUAUUCUUUUUUGGAAUAUUUUUUUUAUGAUUUCAUAGAUAAGCUAAGUUUUCCUAAAGUACAUGUAUUGGAACAAUACUUAAAUAAUUAA